GAGCUCUCUGUAGUCGAGAAGAGAGAGAGAGAGAGAGAGAGAGAGAGAGAGAGAGAUGAAGGUGGCGGUGGAGGUGGCGGACGCGGCGGACCUGAUGCCCAAGGACGGGCACGGGUCGGCGAGCGCGUUCGUGGAGGUGGAGUUCGAGGGGCAGCGGCAGCGUACCCAGACCAAGCAGAAGGACCUCAGCCCGGCCUGGAACGAGACGCUGGUGUUCAACGUCGCCGACCCCUCGCAGCUCCCCCACCGCACCAUCGACGUCUCCGUCUACCACGACCGCGGCAGGGCCUCGUCCGUUGGCGGCGGCGGCGGAAACCAACGCAACUUCCUCGGCCGCGUCCGCCUCUCUGGUGUCUCCGUCGCCCCCUCCGCCGCUGAGGCCGUCGCCCAGCGCUUCCCCCUCGAGAAGCGCGGCCUUUUCUCCCACAUCCGCGGCGACAUCGCCCUCCGCGUCUACGCCCUCCCCGACGCCUUCCCCUCCUCCACCACCCCCGCCGACACUGCCCCCGCUCCCGCCGUCGAUCUUCCGAUCGACCCUUUUCCUUCCGUCGGCGAACCGGCCCCGGUUGACGCCAAGGAGCCGAAGAAGAAAAAGAAGUCGUCCGCGUCGGUGGCGCCGGAGGAGCCCCGGGUCUUCUAUUCUAUCCCUGCCUCCGGCGAUGGCGGCGGCGAAGCAGUCAGCCAGAUGAGCCAGGCGGCGGCCGGGGCGACGCCGCCGCCCGUGGCGGUGGCCAGCGUGGCCCACACGAGGGCGGAGCCGCCGCCGCCGGUGGCUGUGGCCAGUGUGGCCCACGCGCGGGCCGAGCCGCCGCCUCCGGCGGCUGUGGUCCACAUCCGGCCGCCGAUGCCGCUGGCCCGGCCGGGCCCCGAUUUCGGCAUCGUGGAGACGGCCCCGCCUCUGGCCGGCCGCCUGGGUUACCGCAGCGGCGAUAAGAUCGCCUCCACCUACGACCUGGUGGAGCAGAUGCGCUACCUGUAUGUGAACGUGGUCAAGGCCCGCGACCUCCCGACCAUGGACCUCACCGGCUCCCUCGACCCCUACGUCGAGGUGAAACUGGGCAACUACAAGGGCACCACCAAACACCUGGAGAAGAACUCCAACCCCGUGUGGCAGCAGGUGUUCGCCUUCUCCAAGGACCGCAUCCAGUCCAGUCAGCUCGAGGUGGUGGUCAAGGACAAGGACCUGGUCAAGGACGACUUCGUCGGCCGCCUCGUCUUCGACCUGACGGAGGUGCCCCUCCGCGUGCCUCCCGACAGCCCUUUGGCCCCUCAGUGGUACCGGCUGGAGGACAAGAAGGGCGACAAGAUCCCCAAGGGGGAGCUCAUGCUCGCUAUCUGGAUCGGUACGCAGGCGGACGAAGCCUUCCCUGACGCCUGGCAUUCCGACGCCCACUCCGCCAGCGGGCAGGACGCCCUCGCGAACACCCGCUCCAAGGUCUACUUCUCGCCCAAGCUCGUCUACCUCCGCGUCCAGGUCAUCGAGGCUCAGGACCUCGUCCCCGCCGACAAGAGCCGGCCGCCGAACGUUGCCCUCAAGGUGCAGCUGGGCCACCAGCUCCGACGCACGCGCACCGCCGCCGGCUCGGCCAACCCGACUUGGGGCGAGGAGCUCAUGUUCGUGGCGUCGGAUCCCUUCGACGAGCCCCUCGUGCUCACUGUCGAGGACCGUGUGGCCGCCAACAAGGACGAGCCCAUCGGACGGCUUGUCUUGCCGGUGUCCACCGCCUUCUCGCGUAGUGACCACUACAAGGUCGUCGAAUCUCGAUGGUACAAUCUAGCCAAGCCGAGUGCCUCGGCGGAAGAGGCCGGCGGCGGAGAGAAGAAGGACAAGUUCUCCAGCAAAAUCCAUCUCCGUCUCUAUCUCGAGAUGGGCUACCAUGUGCUCGACGAAUCCACCCAUUACAGCAGCGAUCUCCAGCCGGCUUCGAAGCACCUCAGGAAGCCGAGCAUAGGGAUCUUGGAGCUGGGCAUCCUCAGCGCUCGCAAUCUGAUUCCAAUGAAGGCCAAGGACGGCCGCACCACCGACGCCUACUGCGUCGCAAAGUACGGGCCCAAAUGGGUGCGGACGCGGACUCUUCUCGACACCCUGACACCUCAAUGGAACGAGCAGUACACCUGGGAGGUGUUCGAUCCUUGCACGGUGAUCACCGUCGCCGUGUUCGACAAUUGCCAUGUCGUGGGCAGCAAGGACGACGUCAAGGACCAGAGGAUCGGCAAAGUUCGUAUCCGGCUCUCGACACUGGAGGCGGAUCGCGUCUACACCCAUCUCUAUCCCCUGUUAGUCCUCCAGCCCUCCGGCCUCAAGAAGACCGGUGAGCUGCAUUUGGCGGUGAGGUUCACCUGCACAGCAUGGGUGAACAUGGUGGCGCUCUACGGCAAACCGCUGCUCCCAAAGAUGCACUACGUGCAGCCCAUCUCUGUGCUUCACAUGGACUACCUUCGGCACCAAGCCAUGAUGAUCGUGGCCACCCGGCUUGCUCGCGCGGAGCCGCCCCUUCGGAGGGAGGUGGUGGAGUACAUGCUCGACGUGGACCUGCACAUGUGGAGCCUGAGGAGGAGCAAAGCGAACUUCCGCAGGAUCACGUCGCUGCUCUCCGGCAUUGGCGCCAUCGGCAAAUGGUUCGAUGGAAUCCGGAACUGGAAGAACCCAGUGACAACAAUCCUCGUCCACGUCUUGUUCCUGAUACUCGUCUGCUACCCGGAGCUAAUACUGCCCACCAUCUUCCUCUACCUGUUCAUGAUCGGCGUUUGGAACUACCGGUUCCGGCCGCGCCACCCGCCGCACAUGGACACGAAGCUAUCCCACGCGGAGUCCGCGCACCCCAACGAGCUCGACGAGGAAUUCGACACCUUCCCGUCAACGAAAACAGCAGACAUGGUGAGGAUGAGGUACGACCGGCUAAGGAGCGUCGCCGGCAGGGUGCAGACCGUGGUGGGGGACCUCGCGACGCAGGGGGAGCGUGCCCAAGCCAUCCUAAGCUGGAGAGACCCUCGGGCGACCGCCGUCAUCAUCAUACUCUCACUGAUCGUGGCCGUCUUCCUCUACGUGACCCCGUUCCAGGUGGUGGUGGUGCUCAUCGGCAUGUUCUUGCUUCGACACCCCCGGUUCCGGCGAAAGAUGCCGUCCGUGCCCUUCAAUUUCUACAGGCGGCUGCCCGCCAAGUCCGACAUGCUCCUCUGAGAUAAACUGCCUUCAGCUUCGCGUGAUUAAGGUAUCCAUGCAAGUUUCCUUACGCAUAAUGACAGGUGAAAAGGAGAAGAAUAUGCAGGGACAUAUGCUUUUGUGGUGUUCGACUUUCUUCGCCUCCAGUGAGAAGGAUCUGAGGGAGCUUUUUGGCACCUACCACCCUUCCUUUUCCUUCUCUUUCUCCGGACGUUCACAGCAAUAAGAAUCGGAAAGUGGAUGAGAAUCCAGCACAUGAGUGGUUGAUGAAAGAAGCUUCUCUUCUGCAACCAUGUGGCUUCUGUUCUAAUAAGUCCGCAGCAAUAUCGUUUUUUAUGUAUAUAUUGAGAUGUUCUCAGCAAGACAAGGCUGUUCCUUCUCAUUCCAGGAAUUCUAUAUGCCUAAUGCACAUGCUGGAUCAUAA